UGCCCCCGGCCCGGCCCCGCCCCGAGCGGCGGCGGCUCCGUGACCCCGGUACCGUCCGGUGCGGCGGUGCCGGCAUGGCCGUGCCCUGGGCUCUGCCCGCGCCCCUCAGCCCGGCGCAGCUGAAGCGCCUGGAGCAGCACCGCUACAGCGCGGCCGGGCGCUCGCUGCUGGAGCCGUGGCUGCAGCCGUACUGGGGCUGGCUGGUGGAGCAGGUCCCGCUGGGGCUGGCGCCCAACGCCAUCACCAUGGGCGGCCUCCUGCUGAACUGCCUGACGGCGCUGCCGCUCAUCGCCUGCUGCCCCAGCGCCGCCGAGCAGGCACCUUCUUGGGCAUACAUCCUGGGUGCAGUAGGACUUUUUAUCUACCAGUCUCUGGAUGCCAUUGAUGGGAAGCAAGCCAGAAGAACAAACAGUAGUUCUCCUCUAGGAGAACUCUUUGAUCAUGGUUGCGACUCCAUUUCCACAGUUUUUGUUGUCCUUGGAUCCUGCAUAGCAAUCCGACUAGGAACAAAUCCUGACUGGUUGUUUUUCUGUUGUUUCGUGGGACUGUUCAUGUUCUAUUCUGCUCACUGGCAGACAUAUGUAUCAGGCAUACUAAGGUUUGGAAAAAUUGAUGUAACUGAAGUUCAGAUAGCCAUAACAAUGCUGCUCUUGAUAUCUGCAUAUGCAGGAACAGCAAUAUGGGACUACAAGGUCCCUUUGGUGGGCUUAGAACUGAAGUUCUUUGCAGUUAUUGGCAUCCUGUGUGGAACAGCACUUUCUUUUUUCAAUUAUUUCCGUGUCAUCUUUGGUGGAGGGGUUGGAAAGAAUGGAUCUACAAUAGCAGGAACAAGUGUUCUUUCACCAGGCCUGCACAUUGGACUACUUAUCACAAUGGCCAUUAUGAUUUAUAAAAAGUCUACAACUCAGCUGUUUGAAAAACACGCUUGCCUGUAUGUCAUAACAUUUGGGAUUGUGAAUGCCAAAAUCUCACAGAAGUUGGUGGUGGCUCACAUGACAAAAAGUGAAAUCUCUCUUCAGGACUCUGCAUUUAUUGGGCCAGGACUUCUGUUUUUGGACCAGUACUUCAACAGUUUUAUUGAUGAAUAUAUUGUUCUAUGGAUAGCAUUGUUCAUAUCCUUGUUUGAUAUGCUGAGAUAUGCCACUGGUGUGUGCCUACAGAUUGCUGCUCAUCUUCAUAUACAUGUCUUCAGAAUUUCAUCUCAUCAAGCUCCUGAACAGGUACAACUUGUUUCUCCACUGAGCCAUCAGAAUAACAUGGACUGAAGAGACUUGCGAACAGUUGCCAUCUCCUGCUGUUGCUGUGACGAGAAAAGGAGAUAAUACUGAACAAAUGCCGUAUCAAUAUGAGUCCUUUGAAUUAAAUGAAUGUCAAAUGACUUUCAAUAGAAUGUUCUAUUUUUGCAUUUAACUGGCUUCACAGAUCUGAUACUUACGGUGUCCAUCAUAAUCUUCUUCUGCAACAUAGCCAUUUCUUUGCGGAGUUCAUUUUGGGCACCCGCCAGAAGAUUUUCAUUGCUCUUCUCCAGCUCGUCCAUGCUCUGAAGUUAAGGAGAAUCUUAAUUCAGAACUCUUCAGUGUCAAAGUGUUCAUUUAAAACAAGCAAACAAACCAAUCAUUGAUUUUUUUACUAUAAUUUAAUUUUUAAAGUAUUCACUGAUAAUUGAUUAGUUUUGUCACAAACUUGACAGAGGAAUCAUACAGGACUUCAUACUCCAGACUACAUUCCUAUUUAAAUACUGUGGACCCUGUGAAGGAAACGGUAUCCUCCAGACAGCUUCUGUGAGGUCUUAGCUAGUUAUUCUGCAUUUUAAUUAAGAAUUCCACAAGAAGAACUUGAACAGACAUCUGUCAGGAAUGCUAGGGGUUCAAUAUUAUGGCAACCUUGAGGGACUUGAAGUAGGGACUAUAAAACCCAUUACAUGUCUUUGCACACUUCUCCCCAAAUAAAACUCACUGAUUAUUUUCCCUUUUGUACCUACAA